GCUGACCAAGUCGGUGAGAACGUUAGCCACAUAAAAAUUUCGCGUCAUCGCUGGUAUGAUGACAAUAAAUGGAUCGAUAAGUCUAAACCACCAGAAGAUGUCCCAAAAUGGGCAAUAUCUCAAUCUUAUCGUACAUUUGAUGAUGGCGAAAAUG